AUGACAGUUUGUUUUGCAGAUUUUCAAAAUGUUAGGCUAAUUUUAGACUGUACUGAAAUUUAUGUACAGACUCCAAAGUGUUUGUGUUGCCGAAUACGAUUUUAUUCACAAUAUAAAUCUCAUUUAACAAUUAAGUUUAUGACUGGCGUUUCACCUGGUGGGUUAAUAACUUAUGUCAGUAAAGCAUAUGGAGGAAGAGCAUCAGAUAAAGUGAUAUUUGAAGAGAGCAAUGUGAUUGCUUUAUUAGAUUCUAGCAGAGAUGCAGUUAUGGUAGAUAAAGGUUUUCUUAUUGAUGAUAGUUGUAGAUUAUAUAAUAUACAAUUAAUUAGACCUCCGUUUUUAAGAAAAAAAUCCCAAUUAACCACUGAGGAAGCUAUCUUAAAUGCCAAAAUUGCAUCAGCUCGAGUUCACAUUGAACGGAUUAAUCAAAGAUUAAAGAUUUUUAAAAUUCUUAGUGGAAAGUUAAGUUGGGCUUAUGUUCCAUUAGUUGAUGAUAUAUUUACAAUAAUAUGUGCAAUAACAAAUAUAUCAUCUCCAAUUUUAUCAGAUGGAAAAUUUUUGGAGACGUAA